AUUAUUCAGUUUCGUUUGAAAUUUGAAGUAUCGUCAUGCCUGAGCCAGCAAAGCCCGCGCCCAAGAAGGGCUCAAAGAAAGCCGUCACCAAAAGCGCCGCCAAGAGUGGAAAGAAGCGCAAGAGGUCCAGGAAGGAGAGCUACGCCAUCUACGUGUACAAAGUCCUGAAGCAGGUUCAUCCCGACACCGGCAUUUCUUCAAAGGCGAUGGGCAUCAUGAACUCUUUCGUCAACGACAUCUUUGAGCGCAUCGCCGGUGAGUCUUCUCGUCUCGCUCACUACAACAAGCGCUCCACCAUCACCUCGAGAGAGAUCCAGACCGCCGUGCGUCUCCUGCUGCCCGGUGAACUCGCCAAACACGCCGUGUCUGAGGGAACAAAGGCCGUCACCAAAUACACGAGCUCCAAGUAAAGCCGAAAGUACCCAAUCUGAACCCAAAGGCUCUUUUAAGAGCCACC